GUGACAGCCAAGACUGCCUUCCUGUUUAUCUUACCUCAGUACAAUGUUAGCGUGCCUACAGCAGAUGGGGAGCUCAUCCAGUAUCACUAUGGGCUGAAGGAUGUGGUCACCAUCCUCUUCUACUUCUUCAUUGCCAUCAUCCUGCAUGCGGUGGUGCAGGAGUACAUCCUGGACAAAAUCAACAGGCGUCUCCAUCUCUCCAAGAUUAAACACAGCAAGUUCAAUGAAUCAGGACAGAUGGUUGCCUUCCACCUCACCUCUGUGAUUUGGUGCUUGUACGUCGUGGUAACGGAAGGAUACAUAUCAAACCCCCGGAGCUUGUGGGAAAACUACCCGCAUGUUUAUCUUCCGUUCCAGGUGAAGUUCUUCUACCUGUGUCAGCUGGCGUAUUGGCUGCAUGCCCUGCCAGAACUCUACUUCCAAAAAGUCCGCAAGGAGGAGAUCCCCCGCCAGCUGCGGUGCAUCACGCUCUACUUGGUGCACAUCGCCGGCGCGUACCUCUUCAACUUAACCCGCUUGGGGCUGAUCCUGUUGCUGUUGCAGUAUUUAGCCGAAUUGUUCCUCCAUGUGUCCCGGCUGAUCUACUUCACAGAUGAGAGCAACGAGAAGGUGUUUAACUACUGGGCUGUCGUGUUUGUGGUCACCAAGCUCUUCACCCUCACCUUGUACAUCCUGGUCAUUGGCUUCGGGCUGCCACGGGUGGAGAACCAGGCCCUUGACCCCGAGAAAGGGAACUUAUUCAGCUUUCUCUUCAACAAUAUCCUUUUCAGAAUGAGUGUGCUGCUGUUGGUGUGCCUCUUCCAGGCCUCAGUGAUGUGGCGCUUCAUCCACUUCCAGCUGCGGCGCUGGAGGGUGUACUGGAACGAGCAGAGCAGUCGGAAGCGAGCCACUGGCACCAACAGGCAAACCAGGCCAUUCAGGAGGGACUGGGGUUACUAUGAAAAUGGAGUGGUGAAAGUGGAGAAUGGCAUCUCACCACGAACCAGGAAGGUGAAGUUUCCAUAG